AUGGAGAUAUCCGGAGACCCAUUCCCCAGUGACUGGAGCCCACCACCCAUCGAAUUCCUGAAUCCCAGACCUCCACCAUCCCUGCUUGACGCCCAGGGCCAAAGAGGUGGUGCAGAGACAUUGUCUAAGGAGCCAGAGCUGCCGAAGGCAGACCCGGACUUACCAGAGGACCUGGUUUUCAGCCUGGCUACGGAGAGGCAGCAGGUGGCCAACCCAGAGCCCGGCGCCCAUGGCUUGAACUCUAAAAACUACAUCAACUCCUUGGAUGCCUUACUGCGGGAGAAGUGGUUGCUGGUGGAGAAGUUCUCUGUGUCGCAGCAGGACAUCCCCCAGGUGUACCCCGGCGAGUGCGUGUUCCUGCCCCGGCUCUGCCCAUUGCCCUGCUUCCUGGAUGUCUCCCAGAUGAAUCCGCACAACGCCCUGGAAGAUCUGUUCCUCAACGGUCCGCCGUCUCAGCAGCUGUUCUUCCUGCGCAGCGGCAUCCUGAGCAACCUCUACCUGCACUCCGCCCGCGCAAGCCCGGUGCCCCUGCUACAGUGGCUGUUCAAGCUGCUGGCGUGGCCUCUGGACAUGUCCUCAAGGGCCUUUGCUCUCCUGUGGGAUCUCAGUGUGGACGAUCUCUUCCGUCAGUCCGGUAACAUCUACAGCACUGGAGAACUUGGACCCCAGGGUGGCCACGCCAAGCCCCAGCUGCCAGCAUCCCCUAUACACUCCACUGGCCCAGCAGACGAGGAUGUGCGGCCGUGGUGCCCCAUGCUGCAGGAGGUGGUGGAGUUGUUCCACAGCUUGGGUGCCCACAGCCCAAACACAGACCUGGGACCCUGCAGCAGAACCCAGGACAGCGAAGCCAAUGAGCCGCAGCACCGGCCCCUGGAGGUGGCCCUGGACACCAGCCUGGGCCACAUCUACAAGUUCCUGACUCUGUGUGUCUAUGCCCGGCCUGGGGCCUACACUGAUGCCAGCCUCUUGAGCCUCAUCGAGCUUCUGUGUUGCACCAGCCUGGACACGGGGCUCCGCCUGCUGCCCAAGACCAACCUCCAGCAACUCCUGCUGCACCUGCUGGAGUGCAUCCGCGAGUGGCCGGGCAAGCUGCAGCGCCUGUGCAGUGCCCUCAGCUGGUUGUCCAACCACCACCACAACCUGCAGGCCAUCGUACAGCUCUUUCCAGAUGUGACCCCGAGGGGCAGGCAGCUUCGAAGCCAGCUCAGCCUUGCAGUCAUUGCCCGGAUGUUGGGCCAGGAAGAGGCACUCCCUCUCUGGAAAGAGAAGAGCCAGCUGUCCUUGCUCAGCCGACUCCUGGGUCUCAUGAAACCAUCAGCCCUUAGGCAGCACCUGGGCUUCCAGACCUCGGUGCCCUGCCAGGAGCAGCAGCUCAAGGCCCGUGCUGAGCUGGACCACAAGGUCUGCUACCUGUGCCACAGCCUCCUGACCCUGGCUGGUGUGGUGGUCAACAGUCAGGAUGUCACUCCGGAGCAUUGGGGUGAGCUGCAGCUGUUGUGCAUGCAACUUGACCACCACAUCUGCACCCACAUCCGGGAGAGCCCCCAGGCCAUGCACCGCACCCGACUCAAGGACCUGGCCACCCAGACCUACAUCCGCUGGCAGGAGCUCUCGGCCCGCUGCCAGCCCAAGGUGUCAUACUUCAGCCCCUGGAAGGAUAUCUGAGGAGCAAGGGCAGGGCAGCCCUGGCUCCUGACUCAAACCAGAAGCGACCAGGCUCAAGAAGCUGCAGCAGCCAACGAGGGAGUCCUGGGGACACCCAGAUGUGACCAGCCGGAAGAAGCAGGACCUCACCGUGCCACUACCCCACCCCCACCUGCGGCACCUUCCCUGCCCACUCCACUCCCCCAAGGCCACUGACUCCAGCUCUGGCUCCAGGGGCCUCUGGUCCUCCCAGCCCAAGCUGGCUGCAGC